AUGACGACUACUGCUGCUAUGACGACGACUGCUACGCUACGACGGACUACUGAUGACUAUGAUGAUGAUGACUGCUGCUACAUGACAGGCGUGUGUCUCCAGGGAUGCCCCACGUUCUUCUGUCCGCACACAUCCACACGUCCCCCACACAGUUCACUGCCGCUCAAAGGCUGCAUCAUUGCAACGACCCGAGUGCUGAGUGUGGCGUUGCUGGGAAUGAUCCCACUAGCUUACAUGUACCCUGAUGAGGGCCCGCUAUGGACUACUCCCUGGCUGCUGCACUUAACUGACUAUCCACUGGGUCUUGGCCUCUGUGCUGAUAGUUAUGGAGACAGUAACUUCAUUCUCGCGAACGCUCAGGUGUCAAAAGGAUUCCCAAUAGUUUACUGUUCAGAUGGAUUCUGUGAACUGGCUGGGUUUGCGAGGACGGAAGUCAUGCAGAAGAGUUGCAGCUGUAAGUUUUUGUAUGGCACCGAGACAAAUGAGCAGAUAAUGCUUCACAUUGACAAGACCUUAGAGGACAAGAAGGAAUUCAAGGGGGAAGUCAAGUUUUAUAAAAAGAAUGGUACUAUGUUUUGGUGCCUUCUGGACAUAGUUCCUAUUAAAAAUGAAAAAGGGGAUGUCGUUCUUUUCUUGGCCUCCUUCAAAGACAUCACAGACACCAAAGUGAAGAUUGCUCAGGAAGACAGAAGGGAAGAAAAGCAUAGGGGGAGAGUAAGCACCAGAUCCCAUUUCAGCGCAGAACGGAUACGAAAUCGCACUGUGCUUUAUCACAUCUCUGGACAUCUUCACAGAAGAGACAAUAAGAAUAAAAUUAAAAUCAACAAAAAUGUAUUUGGAGAUCCACCAGCACUCCCAGAGUACAAAGUUGCAGAUGCAAAAAAAUCAAAAUUUAUCCUGUUACAUUACAGCACCUUUAAAGCUGGCUGGGACUGGCUUAUUUUACUGGCAACAUUUUAUGUUGCUGUGACUGUACCAUACAAUGUGUGUUUCAUUGGGAAUGAUGAAGUAACACGAAGCACAACUGUCAGUGACAUUGCAGUAGAAAUACUUUUCAUUAUAGAUAUUAUUUUAAAUUUCCGAACAACGUAUGUCAGCAAGUCUGGGCAAGUUAUAUUUGAAGCAAGAUUAAUUUGUAUCCACUAUGUAACCACGUGGUUAAUCAUCGAUCUGAUUGCUGCCCUGCCCUUUGAUCUCCUGUAUGCUUUUAAUGUCUCAGUGGUGUCACUCGUUCACCUUCUGAAAACCAUCCGUCUGUUAAGGCUCUUGCGUCUGCUGCAGAAGCUGGAUCGAUACUCCCAGCACAGCACAAUGGUCCUCACCCUCCUCAUGAGCAUGUUUGCCUUGCUGGCUCACUGGAUGGCAUGCAUCUGGUAUGUCAUUGGCAGGAUGGAGAUAGAGGCUAAUGAUUCUUUCUCUUGGGAUAUAGGUUGGCUUCAUGAACUGGGGAAGCGUUUGGAAUCUCCAUACCAUAAUAAUAACAGUCUUGGCGGCCCCUCAAUUCGAAGUUCCUAUAUUGCUUCCCUCUACUUUACACUGAGCAGCCUUACCAGUGUUGGCUUUGGAAACGUCUCAGCCAACACCGAUGCAGAGAAGAUCUUCUCAAUCUGUACUAUGCUGAUAGGGGCAUUGAUGCAUGCACUGGUGUUUGGCAAUGUGACUGCUAUCAUACAGCGCAUGUACUCCAGAUGGUCCCUCUAUCACACCAGAACAAAGGAUCUGAAAGACUUCAUUCGAGUCCAUCACCUGCCACAGCAGCUGAAACAAAGAAUGCUGGAAUAUUUCCAAACAACCUGGUCUGUCAAUAAUGGAAUAGAUGCUAAUGAGCUAUUAAAGGAUUUCCCAGAUGAAUUGCACUCAGACAUUACUAUGCACUUGAAUAAGGAGAUUCUGGAGCUGUCCCUGUUUGAGUCUGCUAGCCGCGGCUGCCUCCGCUCCUUGUCUUUACACAUCAAAACCUCUUUCUGUGCUCCUGGGGAGUACCUCCUGCGGCAGGGAGACGCUCUGCAGGCUGUCUUCUUUGUCUGCUCGGGUUCCAUGGAGGUACUCAAAGAUGACAUGGUCCUGGCCAUUCUUGGAAAAGGAGACCUAAUUGGAGCCAACCUUUCGAUUAAUGACAGAGUGAUAAAAACCAACGCCGACGUCAAAGCUUUGACUUACUGUGACCUGCAGUGCAUUAAUCUGAAAGGACUUUAUGAGGUGCUGGACCUGUACCCUGAAUAUGCACACAAGUUUGUGGAGAACAUUCAGCAGGACCUCACCUACAACCUACGAGAAGGACAUGAGACUGAUGGAAUAUCAAGAAUGUCAAAAAAACCGUCAAUGUCUCAGUCAGAGGGUAAAGGAAACGGAUGCCUAAACCGGCAGUGUCACUCGAUUAUAGAAGAUGAGGAAGAUGAAGACGAGGAGGGUGAAUGUACACCACUUUCUCCUGCUUCACUUGACUGCAGAGCACCCCACAAGACCAGCAGCACUUUCUCUUCAAGGAAAGUACAAGACACAUAUCCUGACAGGAUCUGCAGUUUACAUUCAGAUACAGGAGCCAGACUUGAAACAGAGUCAUCAAGCAAUAUCAGGAACCAGGGGGAAAGCCUAAAAUUACAUUUAUCAACUGUGAACAACAUCGGUUCUCCGGAUCUCAGCCCAAGUGGACCACUGUUAGACCCUUGA